AGGUGGGACAGCAUCCAGGCAGAAAGGAUUUCUGGGAUGCAUUCGUUCAUUGCAGUUGAAUGGAAUGGCCCUUGAUCUGGAAGAGAGAGCAAAGAUAACACCAGGAGUUGAACCAGGCUGUCCUGGACAUUGUAGCAGCUAUGGUAACCUGUGUCACAAUGGUGGAAAAUGUAGAGAGAAAUACAGUGGAUUCUCCUGUGACUGCACUUUCUCUGCCUAUGCUGGUCCAUUCUGUAAGAAAGAGAUCUCUGCCUAUUUUGGGACUGGCACUUCUGUGACAUACAAUUUUCAAGAAUACUACACCUUAGCUAAAAAUUCCACUUCUCAUGCUUCUUCUUUCUAUGCUGACAUGACACUGAACACUGAAGCAAUUACAUUUGCCUUCCGAACAACACGGACACCAAGCUUACUACUUUAUGUCAGCUCCUUCUACAACGAAUAUCUCUCAGUCAUUCUUACCAGAAAUGGAAGUUUACAGAUCAGGUACAAGCUAGAUAGCCAUAAAGAUCCUGACAUCUUCAGCAUCAGCAUGAAAGGCAUGGCUGAUGGACAACUGCAACACGUCAAGAUGAACAGAGAGGAAGAAAUGCUCUUUGUAGAGGUUAACCAGAAUGAAAGAAUGAAGUUUAUUCUGUCUUCAGGGACAGAAUUCAAUGCAAUCAAGUCUCUCACCCUUGGCAAGGUUUUAG